AUGGCAGCCUCUCGCUCUCGCACCCCUCGCACCCCAUCACGCUCGGUGAGCCCUGGAAGCCCGCCUGCGCGGCGCUCGACCCCUGUGGAUCUGUCGUUGGCCGACAAGGCCAAAGAGGGCUUGGUGACUGCUGCCUGCGACGAGGGCGAUGUUGCUGCGCUCGUAGGCCUCUGUACGAGCACCCAUGGCCUGGUGAGCGAUGGCCUGCGGCGCACAGCCUGGCCCAUUUUAUUGGGCUGUGGAAACACGGAUACAGACACAGACAGCGAGACAGAUACAGACACGCACGCAGACGAUCUGCCGGCACAUCGUGAAGAGGGCCAGGUUGCUCUUGACGUGAAUAGAGCGUUUGUGUACUACCCCAAGCAUGACUCGGAGAAAGAGCUCGACCACCGGAAACGCGAGCUUUCCAUGGUCAUCCUCGAGGUGCUGCGCCGGCAUCCAGCACUGUCCUACUUUCAAGGCUACCACGACAUUGUGCAAGUCCUCUAUCUUGUCUUGGGUGUCCGCGCCGCCCCCCGCGCCGCCGCGCGCCUGAGUCUUCUCCGUAUCCGAGACUUCAUGCUCUCGUCGCUCGAACCCGCCAUAGCCCAGCUCGAACUCCUGCGUCCGCUGCUUCAACAUGCCGAUCCAGUGCUCUACACACAUCUCCCCAAAAGCUCAGCAACAUUUGCGCUAGCCGGCACCAUUACCAUGUUCGCUCACAACAUCACAGUGUACAAGGAUAUCACGAGGCUGUUCGACUUCUUUCUAGCACAUCAUGCUGUCAUGCCACUCUAUUUCUUCGCGGCUGUCGUCCUUUCAAGAAGGGAAGAGCUGCUGGAGAUUGACAAGGAAGACGAGGACAUCCUCCACGUCAUGCUCAGCAAGCUGCCUGAGCCAUUCGAUAUUGAGUUUCACAUUGCGCGCUCGAUCGAGCUCUACGAGAGGCUUCCUCCUUCCACGCUGCACAGCUGGGAGUGGUGGCGCAUAUCAUCAUCGAGUGUACUGAAGACUUCAGGUACCCUGGCUGACUUGCAGCGUUUACCCCUGGCAGCUGGCGAGCGCUACUUUGCCCAGCAAGAGAAGGAAGUUUGUAGGCAGCAAUUCCAGAAACAGCUGUUGCAACAAGCUUCCAGAAAUUUCAAGUUUUUCCAGUCACGCUUGUGGCAUUACCGCCGCUUUGGAGCUGUUAGUUUUGCAGUCGCGGUUGGCCUAUAUGCCCUUUGGCUCGGCAAAAAUGGCAGUAUUGGCCCUGCACAAUAUCCUCUGUUUGGGUAUCUAGACAUGCUUCUCCGGCGGUUCUGGGGUGCAUAG